UGGUGGGAUCCCUGCUGUGCCCUCCUCUCGCUUUCUUGGUGGUGGGGUGUGGAGCAGAGCCCAGCUGUGGAGAGGGGAACUGCCGGAAUCCCCUGGGAUGUGCUGGGGAAACUGAGGCAUGAAGGGGGCAAAGCGGCUUCACCUCCCACUGUGUGGGCUGGGAAUGCUUUCCCCUCCAAGCCCUGCUCCCAUCCUGCCCAUUCCAGUGGCAUCUCUCAGCAGAGCUCUCUCUAUCAGGCACAGAGCAUCCCCAGCUCCAUUUUUUUUUUGGCUUGCUUUGACUGGUGCAUUAGUUGCUGCUCAUCAGCCCUCCCUGCAGUGGAUGUAGGAGGGGAGAGCUGGAAGGCAGAGGAUGGCAGUCCCACAUUUGUCCCUGAGCAGACCCCAUCUGUCCCCUCCACACGAUGUUCAGUGGUGCUCACACAGCACUGGUGGGUACCAGUGUGCACCCUGGGGCACUGCCACCCCUACUGCCAUGGUUUCUGAGCACCUCCUUGCUGCCUUGAUGCACAGCCUGACUUGUGCAAAGCCAAGCUCACACUUUCUUGCUCGUGAGCUCCACAGACCCAUUCCUGCACCUCUGCACUCCCUCAGUGUGUGUGCACCCAGACAGAUCCAUCCAUCAAUAGAAAUACUGAGCCAACCCCCAGUGCUGGAGCUGGGGUUAGGGCACUGCAGCCCUCACCUCUGCACAUGGGGCUUCCCAUCCGUGAGCAAUGCACGUUGCCAGCUGUGGGCUCCAACACCUCAAGCACUGCUCUAAGUUCAUUGUGGGGAUGCUUUUGCAAUUUGAAGGGCACAUUUUUGUAGCUGUCACCCUGAAAGCCAGAGCAAGCAUGGCUUAGGGUGAGUGCUUGCAAGCAGUGAUUACCACGUGCCCAUGCCCAGAAAGCUGCGUCUGUCUGUCUGUGUUGGGAGCAGAGCAAUGACCCAGAGGUGGUCUGUGAUGUGGUUGGAGAGGAGCCCUGGAGGGCUGAUAUUCACCAGCUGAGCUCUAAGGACGAGGGGCUGUGUUUUCGUGUGCACUUGGGGGUGCCUGUGGAUGGCUUUGUCCCAUCCCUGGAGGUGCCCGAUAUCAUGGAUGCAACCCUGGGCAGCCUGAGCUGUGGGUAGCAGCCUGCCCAUAGCAUGGAUGAUCUUAAGUCCCCUCCAACCCAACCACGCUAUGGUUCUCUCAUUCCUGGGGACCCUCCCACCAUGCUCAACACACACCCGAACGUCCCAAAGCUGCGGUGUCACAGUGAUCCCCAUCCACCUCCAGGGCUGAGCAGUCCCCCAAGCAAAGCGAGGGCUGCGCCCCCGCUCCCCCCGCUGCGCUUUGACCCCAUCUCUGUGUUUCCUCCUCUCUCCGUGGGCGAGGAUCCCCCAGGGCAGGAGGUCUCCGCGCUCCCGUCAGCCACGCCAGCACCCAGCAUAGGUGACGGUGUGCUGGGUGGAGGAGGUGCCGGCGAGUAACGAACAGUCCCUGUCUCCCCAGGCCGAGCACGCCGGCAUCCGGACGUACUUCUUCAGUGCUGAGAACACAGAGGAGCAGGAAUCCUGGAUCCAAGCCAUGGGCGAAGCUGCCCGGGUGCAGAUCCCCCCAACCCAGAGACACGAGAAGACGGAUUCUGAGAACAUCCCCCCCAGCAAACACCACCACCACCAUCGUAAUACUGUGCACCACGAGCACCCCAAAGCUGACCCCAGCGCCAAGACCCGGGGUGAAGGCGACGGCCGUGGCUCAGAGAAACUCGAGAGGAAACCAGAGAGGAUGGAGAGCAAGAAGGAACCCUUGGCCAAAGCCAACGGCAUCGCCGGGCAAGAGAUACCCUCCGAGCCCGGCAGCCCUUACCCCGAAGCACCGCGUGUGCCGAUGAGCACAGAGAGGCCGCCCCAACCCAACGGUUGGCCCUACACGUCCCCCAGCCGCCCUGGCAGCACUGCCUACCCCCCACCCGAUGGGGAGAGCGCUGCCCAUCGCCGCAGCUUCGCCCCCCGCACCAACCCCGAGAAAAUCGCGCAGCGUAAGAGCUCCAUGACGCAGCUGCAGCAGUGGGUGAACCUGCGCCGGGGCAACGUGGCCCCCGAGGAGCUGCGCAGCCCCACCAGGUUUUACCCCGUGUCUCGCCGGGUGCCUGACUACUACCCUCCCUACUCACCCCAGUACCCUGAGGACUAUCAGUACUACCCACCCAGCGUGCGCCCCGACAGCAUCUGCUCCAUGCCCGCCUACGAGCGGGUCAGCCCUCCCUGGGCAUUGGACAACAACAAGCGGCAUUCCUUCCGCAACGGGGGCCCCUACCAGCUCCAGGAAUGGAAGGAGCACCCCGGCUUCGGCCGGCAGGAUGUCCCGGUCUGGCUCCCUGGUAGGCAGCCGACUUAUUUCGAUGAGGUGGAUGCUGCCUCGGGGUCGCUGCGGAGGAUGUCGCUGCAGCCCCGCUCCCGCUCCGUGCCCCGCUCGCCCAGCCAGGGAUCCUACAGCCACACGCGGGUCUACUCCCCGGUGCGCUCUCCCAGCGCUCGCUUCGAGCGGCUGCCGCCCCGUGGAGAGGAGAUUUAUGUUGACCCCGGCACCUUCAUGAUGAGGAGAUCCAUCAGUUCUCCCAAGUACGACUACCUGGGUGACAGGCGGCCCAUCCCUGCAGGAAUGUACCCCUACCACUACCCCGCAUCCCCCACGGUCCACGACAAGAUGGAUGAACUUUUAGACCUUCAGUUGCAAAGAAACCUAGAGUAUUUGGACCAGCAGAUGAGCGAGAGCGAAACCCUGAUCAGUAUGGUGAACAGGAUGGUGGAGAGCUCCUCCCCUAGGGCUCAGCUCUACAUGCAAGUGACGACGCCUUUCCCAGAAGCCUACAGGGAGACCCUGCAUGCCUACAAGAUAAGCGAGCAAGACACUGAUAAGCUGCUGGGGAAGCUCUGUGAGCAGAACAAAGUGCUGCGGGAGCAGGAGAGGCUGGUGCAGCAGCUCCGAGCAGAGAAGGAGAGUCUGGAGAGUGCCCUGAUGGGGACACACCAGGAGCUGGAGAUGUUUGGGAGCCAGCCUGCCUACCCUGAGAAGCUGCUGCACAAGAAGGAGUCUCUGCAGAACCAGCUCAUCAACAUCCGCGUGGAGCUGUCACAGGCCAGCACGGCCUUGGCCAACAGCACAGCUGAGUAUGAGACCCUGGAGAGCGAGGUGUCCGCCCUGCACGAUGACCUCUGGGAGCAGCUGAACCUGGAUAUCCAAAAUGAAAUGCUGAACCGACAGAUCCAGAAGGAGAUUUGGCGGAUCCAGGAUGUGAUGGAGGGGCUGAGGAAGAACAACCCAUCCCGAGGCACCGACACUGCUAAGCACAGAGUGGCCAUCGGCCCCUCGGGCACCUACAGCUCCAACAGCCCUGCCAGCCCACUGAGCUCCGCCAGCCUCACCAGCCCCCUCAGCCCCUUCUCCCUCAUCUCUGGCUCCCAGGGCUCGCCCACCAAGCCAGGUCCCAGCGAGCCCAAACCAAGCUUGGAGCAAAGCAAGAAGGAGGCGCAGCGAGCGGCUGCCCCCAGCUCCACUGCUGAGGGGCUGCUGAGCCGGCAGGAGCAGGAGGCAGAAAAACAAGCUGCCCUCAACAAAGUGGGCAUUGUGCCGCCCCGAACCAAAUCCCCGACGGAGGAGGAGGUGGUGCCCACAACAGGGAUGCUGAGGAGGAGUGCCAGCGGCAUGGCCAACGGGCUGGGCUCCCGGGAGAGACCGAAGAGCGCCGUGUUUGCCAAUGAGACAAAGGUGAAGAUGAGCGUGGAGGAGCAGAUUGACCGCAUGAAACGCCACCAGAGCGGCUCCAUGAAGGAGAAGCGGCGCAGCCUGCAGCUGCCCGGCAGCCAGCAGCCAGACACCCCUGGCACGAAGGCACCCACGUCCUACAAAGUGGUGCGCCGGCACCGCAGCAUCCAUGAGGUGGACAUCUCUGACCUGGAGGCAGCGCUGCGGUCUGAUGAACCUGGCAAGGUGCACGAGACACCCCGAGAGGAGAUCGCCCGGCUGCGCAAAAUGGAGCUGGAGCCACAGCACUACGAUGUGGACAUCAACAAGGAGCUAUCCACGCCGGACAAAGUCCUCAUCCCUGAGAGGUACAUUGAACUGGAGCCUGACACGCCACUCAGCCCCGAAGAAAUGAAGGAGAAGCAAAAGAAGGUGGAAAGGAUAAAAACCCUCAUUGCCAAAUCCAGCCUGCAGAACGUCAUCCCCCUGGGUGAGGGUGAAGUGGACGCUCCCCAGGACCCCGAAACACAGCUGCAGGAGCAGGAGAAGAGGAUAGAGAUCUCAUGUGCUCUGGCUGCUGAGGCAUCCCGCCGGGGCCGCAUGCUAUCGGCUCAAUGCGCUACCCCAAGCCCUCCCACCUCCCCAGCUUCCCCGACUCCACCGACCAACCCCCUCUCGUCUGAACCAUCCCGGGUCGCCGACUGCAGCCAUUUUAUGCGUGUCUGAGCCAUGAACUCAAGCCCUGGCAGCCGCUGGUGCCAUCAAGUCUCAUGGGGCCACGUUCUAGUGCAGCACUACACGCGCCAUGGCUCGACACUGACCCUCUCUGCGCCAUCGUUUUUGGUUCUCCUGGACCCCUUCCCUCCUUCCCAUCGAUGGCAUCACCAUUGGGGUGGAUGAGAGGGGAAGAUGCAGCUCCAAUGCUCUGCCCCAUCCUGGAGGAGCUGUGCAGAUGCCAUAAGCGCCAUCCCCAAGGACUGGGGACACUGAGCUUCCACCCAGCACUGGGACACAGCUGCGUUGUCCUGGGUGCAUGGAGGGACAUGUGCAGCUCUGGAGGAGUGCAGCACCCCUCAGCUCUCUGUGCAUUGGUCACACAAAGGGGGCCGUCUCCACUAUGGAUGGUGCAUUCUCCACGUGCAUCUGUGCUCCUGGCUGUGCCCUGAAAGCUUUCAGCACCUUGCUGGAGGGAGGUGCCAGCCUCAUGGUGGCUGCAAGUGGGAACAGGGCGCACGGAGAGGGGACACAAUGGGACACAGGUGUCCCAGGGGCCGGGAUGGUGAGGGCUGCCCAGCACAGAGCCGUGGGCAUGGAGCAGCAGGUGCAGGCAGGGACAGGGGAUGUGGGGAAGGAGCAGAGGAACGGAGCGGAGCCGAUGGGCCAAGCAAGCAAUCUGCAGGAUGGAUGGGGAUGGUGACAAGGAAGGGACCGGGUCGGAGCCGUGAAUGCUUCCAGGUGGUAGCAACGCUUUGCUCAUGGUCACCUCUGUCACAGCCCAGGUGGCCCAGCAGGAAUUCCAUGACACAUGCAGCACUCCCUGGGCAGCCUUCUGUGCUGGAGGAGGGAUUCCUUCUCCCGCAGCACCGGGGAUGGAUGUGGGGACAAGGAGGGGGCACCUCAGCUGCGCAGCAUGGACUGGAUCCCUCUGGUCUCACCACACGCCAUUGCACUCCAACCACGUCAGCUUGGUCAUUUCUCCUACUGCGAGCCUAUCCUUGAUUUCAUUUUAUUUUCGCUUUCCAAACGGAGGGAAAAACGCUGUUUCUGCCUGAAAACACAGCAACGUGUGGGGGGGGG